GUGAAAGGCCACUCUUUUACAGUUACAAAAUGGCUGACCAGAACGAAAGAUCAUUUCAACACCAACCGACGGUAUUCUUAAACCGUAAAAAGGUUCUCGGUGGUAAAAAGCGUAAAAGUUUACGUUACCACCGUGACGUGGGGCUCGGCUUCAGAACGCCACGCGAGACAGAGAGAGCUUUUCAAAAACAACCGCACCUUAAUCUUCAUCGUAAGGACUAUACGAAGAAGAAGACAAUUCGUCGCCAUCGUAAUGUUGGUCUCGGUUUUAGAACGCCUCGUGAGGCAAGCGACGGCACCUACAUCGACAAGAAGUGCCCAUUCACUGGAAAUGUCUCCAUUCGUGGGCGCAUCCUUACCGGUGUCGUACAAAAAAUGAAAAUGCAACGUACCAUCGUUAUAAGACGUGAUUACCUGCAUUACAUUCGGAAAUACAACCGUUUCGAGAAGAGACAUCGCAAUAUGUCUGUUCAUCUUUCGCCUUGCUUCAGGGAUGUUGAAAUUGGUGAUAUUGUGACUGUUGGUGAAUGUCGUCCACUUUCAAAAACUGUUAGAUUCAACGUUCUUAAAGUGACCAAACAAACUGGCUCUAAGAAGAGCUUUAAGAAAUUUUAAUUUUAUGAGGAACAAUUAAAUAAGAUAAAAUAAA